AAGAAAAACAUUUAGACGCGAAUUACGCUUCACCCUUUCUCUUUCCGUGGGGGUAUAUAUAAAACCUCCAUUGAUUUUCAAAAAGCAAAGUCAUCAAACAUCUCCAUCUCUUUUCAAGUUUCAAGUUUCAAGUUUCAAGUUUCAGAACCCAGUGGCUAGUAAUAGAGUUAGUAAUAGUGAAAAAUAUGGCGUUAAAAGUUCUUUCAGCCCUCGACUCUGCAAAAACACAAUUUUACCACUUCAAAGCCAUAAUAGUAGCAGGGAUGGGUCUCUUCACUGACGCUUAUGAUCUCUUUUGUUUUCCAGCAAUCAUGAAACUUCUCGGACGCAUAUACUACGAGAACAACCCUCCAAAUACUAAAUACGAAAUCCCAACAACCGUCGUCACUUUCAUGGUGGGUACAGCCCUUCUCGGCACCGCUAUUGGUCAGGUCAUAUUUGGCAGACAAGGUGACCGAAUGGGGAGGCGCAGCGUUUAUGGAUUAGCAUUGAUGCUGAUGGUAAUAAGCUCUUUAGGAUGUGGGUUCUCUAUAUGCAGGACACGGAAUUGUGUUCUUGUUAGUUUGGGGUUCUUUAGAUUCUUUCUUGGUCUUGGAAUCGGAGGAGACUAUCCUUUAUCAGCCACGAUCAUGUCGGAGUUUGCCAACAAGAGGACUCGUGGGUCUUUUAUUGCCGGCGUGUUUUCUAUGCAAGGUUUUGGGAUAUUGGCCAGCUCUGCGGUCACUAUGGUAGUGUGUAAGAUAUUUUGGGGAGAAGCAACCAAUUUGACAAAUGAUCAUACGCCUCAGGAUGCUGAUAUUACAUGGAGGUUGAUACUGAUGCUUGGUGCAAUUCCGGCUGCUUUAACCUAUUAUUGGCGUAUGAUGAUGCCUGAAACUGCUAGAUACACAGCUCUAGUGGAGAAUAAUGUUCUCCAAGCAGCCAAAGAUAUGGAAAAAGUAUUAGAUGUUUCAAUAAAUCAAAUAGCAGAAGAUGGGCCACUGCCACAAGAUAGACCAACCUAUCCUCUUCUUUCUAAGAAAUUCCUUCGUCGCCAUGGCCGUGAUCUCUUCUCUUGUUCCAUUAACUGGUUUCUCUUAGACAUUGUCUUCUACAGUAGCAAUCUGUUCCAGUCCCAAAUAUACAGUCAGUUUCUGAAACUUAAAGAUGACAAUGUCUAUGAAGAAGCUUUUAAAGUCGCUCGCUUCCAAGCCAUUCUAGCAAUCUGCUCAACAAUUCCUGGGUAUUACGUCACUGUUUAUUUUAUUGAUCGCAUUGGAAGAAGAAAAAUACAAAUCAUGGGCUUUCUCUUCAUGGGUAUAGUUUAUUUUGCUCUCGGAAUACCGUACAAUCAUUGGCGCAAGAACACAAAUAAAGCUUUCUUGUUCUUAUAUGCACUCACAUUUUUCUUUGCAAAUUUCGGACCAAACACCACUACCUUUAUGGUGCCAGCUGAACUUUUCCCUGCGCGAUUCAGAUCGACGUGUCAUGGGAUAGCAGGAGCUAUGGGAAAGCUGGGUGCAUUGAUAGGGGCUAUUGGGGUUCUGUAUGCAUCAGAGGAGCAAGAUGAAGAGAAUUAUCCAAAAGCCAAGCCAAUGACAACAGCGUUGGUGGUUCUGGGCGUUGUUUGCCUUAUCGGAAUGGUUGUUACUUACUUACUUACGCCUGAAACCAUGGGAAGAUCUUUAGAAGAGAACGAGAACGAUAAUGAAGAUGAAGAAAACGAGUUAAUGGGAUGUUUCAGUAGAGGUGCUAGACGCAGGGCGAAUUCAUCCGAAGUGACUGCUCUAUAGAAAAACUUCCAGCUUGUUAAUUAAAUAAAUUAGAUCAUCAGCUUUUACCUCCUCCAUCUUUUGUUUGUACAUACAAACUACGCAAGAAGUCCUUGUAUCAUCUAUCAUGUUUUUAUUUGUUUUCUUCCUGAAAGUACACCAUUUGUUGUUAGUGGUUCGUCAAGAGACGACUUUGAAAUAAUAAUAGUAGCUAGCUGCAGCCGAGAAUGUAAUACUUUAUGCCAUUUUGCAUAGAUAUAGUGGUUGUCGAUUGUAAUCU